GCCAUAAUACGCAUUGCCCUCUUCUUCGGCGACAGGAUACUCGCAAAGAAGUCGAUCGACCGGGCCAGCGCAUUGGUGGAGAGCGGCGGUGACUGGGACCGCCGCAAUCGCCUCAAGGCAUACACGGGACUACACUACCUCACUGUCCGAUCACACUCGCAGGCUGCGCCGCUGCUGCUCGACAGUCUGUCGACAUUUACCAGCUACGAGCUGUGCAGCUACUCGAACCUGGUCGUCUACGCCAUUCUCGCGGGCUCGGUAUCGCUCAAGCGUGUCGACUUCAAGUCCAAGGUGGUGGAUGCGCCCGAGAUCAAGGCGAUUGUCGGUACCUCGGAGGAGAAGCUCUCUGCCAUUACUGGACAGGCGUCGGCUGGGCCGUCGGCGGGCGACGAGGAGAUGGCGGAUGCAUCAGGCUCGACGGCAACGCCGGUGCCGACACUGGUCAACCUCACGACGCUUGGCGGCUCACAAGACACAGAGGUGGCCGUCGACUUCUCGCCGCUGUCCAAGCUGGUCAAGAGCCUGUACGAGGGCGACUACAAGGGCUUCUUUGGGGCUCUGGGCCAGGUCGAGACCAACUUCCUCAGCCAGGAUCGCUACAUGUACGAGCACCGGGGCUGGUACGUGCGCGAGAUGCGUCUGCGGGCGUACCAGCAGCUUCUGCAGUCGUACCGCGUGGUGGGCCUGGAGAGCAUGGCCCGGGACUUUGGCGUCACUGUGGACUUUCUCGACAAGGACCUUGCGCGCUUCAUCGCCGCCGACCGCAUCCCCUGCACCAUCGACCGCGUCAAGGGCAUCAUCGAGACGAACCGGCCCGACGACAAGAACAAGCAGUACGCCGACGUGGUCAAGCAGGGCGACCAGCUCAUCACCAAGCUGCAGAAGUACGGGCAGGCAGUCAGGCUGCGGGGAAGCGAGCGUGGCUAG